GUAAGAGAGGCUUUAGUCGAUGCUUAUUUCACGGAUGUCAUCGAUGAUUACGAAUUUUUUAUUCUGUAUGAGGAAAAUUGGUCGAGGAGUACAUUUCCAUACUGGAAAUACGACCGUUUUGACAUCGACGAAUGGGACGACACGGAGUGCAUUACCGAGCUUAGAUUCUCUAAAGGCGAUCUCUUUUUGCUUCUUGAUGCACUAGACUUUCCUGACAAGUUUACCUGUUCUCAAAGAACAAUAUGUUCUGGACUUGAGGGACUGUSUAUCCUCCUGAAAAGACUUGCUUACCCUUGUAGGUACACUGAUAUGGUAGGGAAAUUUGGACGAAACCCCACAGAAUUGUGCCUGAUAUUCAACAAUGUUUUAAGUUUUGUUUACGACAAUCACCAUCACCGCUUAAAAUCAUGGAACCAGCCAAUACUUUCACAGCAAAUGUUAGACCGUUAUGCACRGGCUAUUUUCAACCGAGGAUCACCACUGUCKAAUUGUUUUGGCUUCGUUGAUGGAACUUUGCGYCCAAUUGCAMGACCGACAAGGAAUCAACGUGUCGUUUACAAUGGSCAUAAGCGUGUGCAUGGUAUAAAGUUCCAAAGCGUAGUCUUACCUAAUGGCUUAAUUGGAAAUCUUGACGGUCCGUAUGAAGGUCGAAGACACGACAGUACGAUGCUGUACUACUCUGGCUUACUUACAGACCUUCAAAGAAAUGCAUGGUCAGCUGCCAAUGGACAAGCUCUGUGUAUCUAUGGAGACCCCGCUUACCCCCUCAGCUUGCAUCUACAAGCACCAUUUAGAAAUGCUGCCCUUACUCAACAGAUGAUUGAAUAUAACACCCGCAUGAGUGAGGUCAGAGUAUCUGUGGAAUGGCUUUUUGGAGUUAUCACCAACUACUAUAAGUUCAUUGAUUUUAAGCAACAAACCAAGAUAGGAUUAAGCCCUGUUGGUAAGAUGUAUCUUGUAUGUGGGAUCUUACAGAAUGCUCACACCUGUAUUUAUGGCAACAUUGUUUCUGACUUUUUUGAUUUGGAUCCACCAAAUAUUUAUGAUUAUUUUUUUUGACUUUAUAAGUGUUGUGCAUUCCAAUCCUAUUACAGGGACAAAUGUUUAUAUUCUUUCUAUAACAUUCCAAUUAAUGCAUCUAGAAUUCCUUACUGUAAAUCUCAGGACAAUGAAUAAUUUCAGACUGCAUACUUAUUUAUGAGGUUGAAAUCAUGAGUGAGAAAAAGUACAUUCACUUUUUUUGGCCUAAAGCACACAUAGCCCAAACUCAACAUUUGUUGAUUUAUAUAGAGUUYAAUUUCAACAUACAAAUUCUUGUCCUAAUUUUGAAUAAAAUCAAUUGAAACCG